AUGCAAUACGGUGGGCUGCCCAACCAGCAUGAGCAGCAUGCGGAUGUUGACUUUGGCUUUGACAAUGCACGCAACCACACGUCCGCGUAUGCGAAGAAGGUUGAUUUGAACGUGCCCAUCCUUGCCAUCACGGCCGUCGGCGUGAUCUUUCUGCUCUUUACGUCGUCGUUCCGCCCGAUAGUGCUUGUCUUGACCUUUUGCGGGUAUGGCGCCGUGUUCUCCCUGUACCUGAGUCAUUGGGUGUUGUCCAAAGACGACGGCACGCCUGAAAUGCGCGAAGUUUCCAUUCCUAUCCGCGAAGGCGCCGAAGGGUUCCUCCGCAUCCAGUACACGGCCAUUUCGCAGAUCGCCGUCGGAUUGGCGCUGUUGAUUUUCUUCAGCUACUCGCUGCGUCCCAACUCGUUGCACCCGUCUGGCGUCGAAAAGCUCGGAAACACCACGCUUGGGGUCCUUGGCGCGAUCUCAUUUGCGUUAGGUGCCAUGUGUUCGGCGGCAGCCGGGUACAUCAGCAUGUGGGUAUCGGCGCAAUCCAACAUUCGCGUGGCGAGCGCUGCGCGUCGAUCGUACGGCGAGGCGCUGCUCAUCUGUUUUCGCGGCGGCGCGUUUUCCGCCGUCCUCGACAUCACGCUGUGCGUGGCAGGCGUGAGCAUUCUAUACGUGUUGCUGCAUGCCGCGUUCACGCCCAUCGUGAAUGCCACGGAAAUCCCCAUGCUCAUGGUCGGGUACGGGUUUGGCGCGUCGUUCGUGGCGCUGUUCAUGCAAUUGGGUGGGGGUAUCUACACCAAGGCCGCCGACGUCGGCGCCGAUCUCGUGGGCAAGGUCGAGCAGGGCAUCCCCGAAGACGACCCGCGCAACCCGGCGGUGAUUGCCGAUUUGGUUGGGGACAUGGUCGGCGACUGCGUCGGGAGCAGCGCCGACGUGUUUGAGAGCGUCGCGGCCGAGAUCAUCGGCGCCAUGAUCCUCGGCGGGUCCCUCGCCAAGGAAGGUGCGAUCGAGUCCCCCAUCUCGUUUGUGUUCUUCCCCGUGGUCGUGCACGCGUUCGACAUUGUCGUGUCCUCCAUCGGCAUCCUGUGCGUGACCGAGCCCGGGCCAACCGAGUCGGACCCGAUGACCACGCUCCAACGCGGGUACUCAAUCACAUUGUUGUUGGCGCUGGCGGGGUUUGGCUUAUCCACGCGGUGGCUCCUCUUCACGUCCACCGCUCCUGGCGCGUGGUUUCACUUUUUCCUCUGCGGCGUCGUGGGUAUGGUUACCGCCUAUGUGUUUGUCAAGUCGACGCAGUACUACACCGACUAUGCGUACGCGCCAGUGCGAUCCAUCGCCAAGGCUAGCACCACUGGCCACGGCACCAACAUCAUCACUGGGGUCGCCGUCGGCAUGAAGUCCACGGUCGUGCCUACCCUCAUGGUGAGUUUUAGUGUCAUUGCCGCCUACCACUUGGGCGCGUCCGCCGGUAUCGGCAGCGGGCGCACGGGCGGGCUGUUUGGGACGGCAGUGGCCACCAUGGGCAUGCUGAGCUCGGCCGUGUUUGUGCUCGCGAUGAACAACUACGGACCCAUCGCCGACAAUGCGGGCGGGAUCGCGGAAAUGAGUCGCCAGCCAGAGUACGUCCGUGAUGCGACCGACAAGUUGGACGCUGCGGGCAAUGUGACCAAGGCCAUCACCAAGGGGUACUCGAUCGGGUCGGCGGCUCUGGCGUGCUUUGUGCUGUUUGGCGCGUUCAUGGACGAGUUUAGCGCGUUCGCGGGCGUGCCGUUCACGACUGUGGACAUUGCCACGGUCGAAGUGCUAGUGGGGGGAUUGCUUGGCACGAUGAUGGUGUUCUUCUUCACGGGGCUGGCGGUCGCGGCGGUGGGGGACACGGCCGGCGAAGUCGUGCUCGAAGUCCGGCGGCAGUUUGAACUGUACCCGGGUAUCAUGCAGGGUACGCAAAAGCCAGACUACCGCACAUGUGUAUCGCUCGUGACCAAGGCCGCGUUGAAGCAGAUGCGCCUCCCGGGACUCUUGGCCGUGCUCAUGCCCGUAGCCGUCGGGUUGGUUUUCCGCGUGGUGGGCGAGUAUCAAAAUAAGCCGCUGUUGGGCGCCGAAGUGUUGGCGGGGUACCUCAUGUUUGGCACAGUCACAGGCAUCAUGAUGGCGCUGUUCCUGGAUAACGUGGGCGGAGCAUGGGACAAUGCGAAAAAGUAUGUGGAGCUGGGCAACUUUGGCGGCAAGGGCAGCGAAGCACACAAGGCGGCGGUGACGGGGGACACGGUCGGCGAUCCGUUCAAGGACACGGCGGGGCCAGCGCUGCAUGUUGUGAUCAAGCUGCUCUCCACGACGGUGCUUGUGCUCGGGCCGUUGUUUGUCACGCAUGUAGGGGGGGUGCCGCCCCAUCCUUCGACGUAG